AUGACGACGGUCUUCCCCUUCGCCCGUCUCUGUUUCCGCCAUGCUUCCACCCUUCCCCGUCGUACUAAUGCGCUCUCACACAACCACCACCUCCGUCGCGGUUUCACUGGGCGUAGUCCCCGAUUCCAAUCCAGCCGGUCUCAAUGGAGCUCCGCUUCUGCCCGUCGACCGAUCCUGUUGCUAUCCGCCGCGAUAACCCCCCUCGCUUUAGUCUCCCUCGGCGAACGGAAUGCCGACGGUACGAGAACACCAGAGCAGGCCAUGCUCGACGCCUCGCGGGCCGAAUUGGCCGCUCAAGUCCCAACCGUUCUUGAAAACUCCCGCAAGGUUCGGCGGACGAUAUAUCACUUCUUAGAUGAUUACAUAUAUGAGCCGGUCGCUACCGGACUACGUCUCCUUCAUCUAAUCUUCAUUUUUGUGCCGGUUAUCGUCACAAUACCCGUUUUAUGGAUUGGAGAACGCAUUCCAGGAAGAGAUGACGAACGGAGCGGUACAAUUUGGUGGUAUGGCUUCCUUGUGUCGUCAAUGGAACGAGCAGGAGCAGCGUACAUCAAACUGGGACAAUGGGCAGCCUCCCGGACCGACAUCUUUCCUAAUGAAAUGUGUAGCAUCAUGUCCACUCUGCAUUCAAACGCCCCAGCACACCCGCUAUCUGCUACGAAGAAGAUUGUCGAAAAAGCCUUUGGGGACCGGCCGUUCCAGGACAUCUUCGAGGAAUUCGACGAGACUCCGUUGGGUGUCGGUGCCAUUGCGCAGGUAUAUAAAGCAAGACUCAAACCCGAUCUCGCCGUCCCAGAUAGAGAUGUGCAGCAGGUGGCUACCCUUACCCGGACUCUGCGGAAAAAUGUCGAUGCAACUCUUAAAUCCACACCCGCUCGGGUUCCAUCAAACUACGUGGCCGUCAAAGUCCUACACCCCAACGUUGAGCGGAUGGUUAACCGGGAUUUGCGGAUAAUGGCCUUCUUUGCUGGGCUAACCAACGCCAUCCCAACGAUGGAAUGGUUCUCCUUCCCUGACGAGGUCAGGAUAUUCGGAAACAUGAUGCGACUUCAAAUGGAUCUCCGCAUUGAAUCAGCAAACCUCACCAUGUUCCGCAAGAGUUUCCAAGAUCGAUCCACGGCCUGGUUUCCCUACCCUUUCACAGAGUACACCACCCGCAGCGUCCUAAUUGAGGAGUUCGCGGUUGGUAUACCACUGAGUCACUUCCUCGAAAACGGAGGUGGCGCAUUCCAAAAAGAAAUCGCCAAUGAAGGACUCGACGCGUUCCUUCACAUGCUCUUGAUUGACAACUUCAUUCACGCGGACUUGCACCCUGGCAACAUCAUGGUCCGGUUCUACAAAUCCAAUCAGCUAGACUUGCAUAUUCCGCGGUCAUGGCAAAAGCCAGAUCUCGGUCCAGGGCAGGAGACUGAUGGCACCGAAGAGGUUCUCCAACGUUUAAGACCACAUCGCAGAGAUCCAGCGGCAUGGGUGGCGGCGUUAGAUCAGAUCGACCGUGAUGGUUAUCGACCGCAGCUAAUAUUCAUUGAUACCGGUCUCGUGACGCAAUUGAACGCGACCAACCGGCAAAAUUUCCUGGAUUUGUUCAAGGCUGUCGCAGAAUUUGAUGGUUAUCGAGCCGGCCAUCUCAUGAUUGAGCGAUGCAGACAACCAGAAGCCGUCAUUGACGGCGAGGUGUUUUCACUGCGGAUGCAGCACUUGGUCUUGGGAGUCAAAAGCAAAACCUUCAACCUUGGUAAUAUUAAAAUCGGCGAUGUUCUGAACGAGGUCCUUCAAAUGGUGCGAGCUCAUCACGUUCGGCUCGAAGGCGACUUUGUCAAUGUGGUCCUCAGUAUCCUGCUGUUGGAAGGAAUCGGGCGACAGAUGGAUCCCGAUCUGGAUCUGUUCGCUGGCGCCCUGCCAAUUCUCAGGCAGCUUGGCACACAAGCGUCCGCUUCUGUCCUACGUGACAUGCGAUCCGGCGAUUACUCCAUGAUCAAGGUCUGGGCAGGCCUAGAAAUGCGCAGCUACCUCCGAGCCUCGAUCGAGACUGUGGAGAUGUGUGUCAAGUCCGACAUGCUUUCCCCGAAUAUCUAG